AUGCCCAAGCUCGCUAUUUCCCUAGCAAACCACCUGACGACCCUAAAGCAGCUGGACGAUGAAAGUUUCAGUGACACCAUUGACCAGGCUCAAAUGAUGCUUCCUAGGGAGAUUCAGAUCUAUCGUUCGGAACGUGACAUCUGCGUCAGUCUGGGUGAUGCUUCUAUUCACAAGAGAAUGUCUAUUGGAAGUUACAGUAAACAGUGUACCAAUUCUAGAAGAUUCCACUCCAUAUCUGAACACGUGUCUGUCUAG